AUGAAGCUGCCACUUAUCUCUUUCACUCUGGCCCUCUUCGCCAGCGCAGCUACCGCUGCCGACCUCUGGGAGAAGCCUACUGUACCACGGGCACCACAAGCAACAAACGACGGGAGCAUCAACUUCUCAACGACCAUUGGCAUCAGCAAGACACAAUUGUCUAGAGCCACUUCAACGCCCGCCGUCAAAUUUGCCUUUUCAGACACCAUGUUUGAUGCUGCUGUUGAGAGCCUCGAGGCUACGGUCGUGGCCUCUCCAGUGCAAGUCACAAAGCCGAUGGCCACGAACGACGGCAGAAUCGACCACUUGCCGAGGCGUGAGGUCGCCGCGAACCCCCUGGUGGCAGAUACGACCUUCGACGAUGUCGAGGCUCCAUGUGCAACGAAUGAUGGGCGGCCGCUCUCGCCACCUUUGUCGAUCAAAAUCCCCCACACGAAGGCCGGUCCAACAAGGCGAACAGUGGCGUUGGGGAUCACCUGUCCAACCAUGUCGCAAGUUGCCGGGCUUUUGGCAGUGUUGGCGCUCAUGUCUCCAACAAAGCUUCCCGUCUCCUAUAUCUCACCUGUCAUGGGGUUCAUGACAGGCAGAGGCAUGGCGGCCUUCUGA